AUGCCGUCGGCCACUGCUAGAGUUGAAGCCGAUGUCAUGUCUGCUUGCGCCUUUGGCGAGCAACAUGCUCUUUCGCCGCGCUGUUAUAAUCGAUCAUUCUGUCGCUGUCGAGCGGGUGACUUUGAGGACUACACGGCAGUCGGAUUCCCAAACCGGUUCCAAGACCCGGCAACGGUCCGCAAGGCCCUAGUGCCUCUUAGCCACCUCGAAACGUCGGAAGACAGCUCUCAUCCGCCCAAGAGCGCGUCAGACAGGUUUCCCAAGCCUCUAGGCAUGCCUCUCGGUAUGCUUGUCGCUCAGAUCCUCGCCGUCGCUGUCGCCGCCUCAGGCGCUGCGGCCACCAACCUGGUCCCCGGCACGCUUGAGCACAACGCUCCGCGUGGACCUCGCCGACUCGACACCGAGCCCCACGCCGAGGCUCUCGACAAGCGUGGCGACUGGGACAACGGAUACUACGGCCCCGCAGCCCGGCGGGCCUUUGACGCGUGGACCGACACCGUCUUCAGCUUCCCGACCAUCGGGAACUACUUCGUCACAGCCUCGUAUGUGAACUACAACAUCUUCUGCCCCCACACGGAGCAGAGGGCGACGUACCAGGGCGCCGAGUAUGUGUUGUACUCCUUUGGGUGUGGCGCGCUUUUCUGGUCCAAGUGGCCUGCGCUCGGUAUCUCGUCGGUUAACUGUAGGGGUAACGGGGGCGGGAGCAACACGGGUGCCUCGGUUUAUUGUUGGUAG